AUGAUCGGCCCGGCAGCGCUCUUCCUGUGCGUCUACCACGUCGCCUUGGCAGUGCUGGGCUCCGUGUUUUUCGAAAACUACUUAUUCAAGGACUUCGACAACAGCUUCAGUAUCGUCAAAAUAAUUUUCUGUUGUUCCUUCGUGUUGUGUCUCUCCCUCCUCUCCAUGUUGCUCUUUGAAAUACUUGGCUUCCUCACCACAACACUCAAGCUCUUCAUAUGGUACAUAGACAUCACUUCCUUGGUCCUGUUCAUCUAUCUCAUCAUUCCGAUCAGCUUGAUAUACACAUAUGUUACUUACGAAGAUGAGGAAGCGGAAAAUGGACUCUUCAAGUUUAACUAUUUUUACAAUGCACUCAGAAAAAUGAAAAAUAAAAAAAAUAUUUUACCUGAACAUGUUAAGGCAAAUUUUAUGAGAAGAUUACUCUACGUAAGUGAAGACUUAAUGAAACAAAUGGAAAAUUACAACAAAAAAAACAAAAAAAAAAACAAACAAAAAAUUUUCCAAUUUGUCAUUGGCUGCUUACUCAUAUUACCACUCAUUUGGUUCACCUUUUACAAAAUCUCUAUGAUAACUCUGAAAAACAAUAACGAUAUAUAUGACCAGUCUUCUGAUUUAUAUAACAUUGGGAGUGUCUUACAGGAAAAACUCAACGAUGUUAAUAGGGAGUUUUCACAAGAUUAUGAUACAAAUAGUGAGAAAAAUAAAAAUUUUUUUUUUAAAGUUAUGAAAAAUUUACUGAUUUAUAUGUCCGUUACUGGGAUGACAUUGGUCAAGAUUAUUGAAAACAAAAUUAAGUUCGUAACAAACGAGUUGUCCUUGAAGAAAAAGCUCCUUGUUUUGUAUGACCAUCCGCAUUUAAUGCAGACUUUCUAUUGCAGAAACGGGGGGGCGGACUUUUCCACACUCCACGGGUCUCUGGCCAGCGGGGGGAGCCUUAUCGGAAGCGGCACGGGAAGCCUCGCCACGGGAAGCCUCGCCAGCGGUCGUGUUGAAAGCGGCAUGGGAAGCCUCGCCAGCGAUCGCAUCGGAAGCGGCGCCUUUGGCGUGGACAUCCCCGUGGAGCAGGCCACGACCUCUUUUCUGCACUCCACGGACGGGGGGUACCACCACAGCGACACGCUCCAGAGAGGUUCGAACGUUGGGGGUGGGGCGGCCAUCGGGAGUGGGGCGGCCAUGGGGAGUGGUACAAACACGGGGAGUGGUACAAACACGGGGAGUGGUACGAACAUCUGGAAUGCCGCUAACACCUGGAAUGCCGCUAACACCUGGAAUGCCGCUAACACCGGGAGUGCCGCUAACACCGGGAGUGCCGCUAACACCGGGAGUGCCGCUAACACCUGGAGUGCCGCUACCACCGGGGGGGGGCUGCCCGACCAGUUGGCGACCAUAAUGUGUGACCACUUGGUGGGGACCUCCACCGGGGAAGAGCCGCCGGGGAAAAAACUUCCGCAAGCACGCAGGGGCACAAAGCAGGAAGAGGUAGAAUACAUCGGAUGUAAACCCUUUAAGAAGUGCAACCUUUACUUGGGCUCCCACAAGUCGAUCUACAAAGAUAUUUAUGAGACAUUCAUGAAAAAGGAAAAUGACUUUGAUUUUGGCGAGACGCUUCCUGGCGGGGAAGACGACGAAGAGACGUGCAUGGGGGAGGAUAUCCAGAAGGACUUGCGCACCUUUCAGGGGGAGGAGAACCUAUCGAGUCUGCCCGGCCUGCCCAGCCUGUCGAGUCGGCCCAGCCUGUCCAGCCUACCGAACCUGUCGAGCCGACCGAACCUGUCGAAGCGUCACAGCGCGCGUGAAAUGGCGAACCCGCACAGGGGGCAGCCCAGCCCACUUGCCCGUUCGAGGGGGCAAGAAACGGCAGCUGGGAGCUAUGCGGAUGAUGGGGGUGAUGGGAGCUACCCGGACGAUGGGAGCUACCCGGAUGAUGGGGGCGAUGGGGACGAUGGCGAGUGUUGGGGCUACAACCCCGGGGAACAGCAAGCUGACAGCAUUUUUAGCACUGCACAGAUGGACAAAAUGGGAAGUGGCAGCUCUCUCUAUAGGAGAAGCAUAAAGUCUGGGAGCUCUGUGGGGGAGAGGAAGCAUGUGUAUUAUACGGGUCGCUUCCUCUUUUUCAAAACAACUGAGGGGGAGGAGAAGCACCUGCACUCGAGGCAGCACGAGGGGGGCACCGAAAUGGUGGACUUCCAAAUGGGGGGGGCACUCGGCGCAGAAGCGACGGCCGCCCCGGGGGAGGAGAAGGAAGGGAAGCGGCAGAAGGAAGGGAAGCGGCAGACGGAAGGGAAGCGGCAGACGGAAGGGAAGCGGCAGACGGAAGGGAAGCGGCAGACGGAAGGGAAGCGGCAGACGGAAGGGAAGCGGCAGACGGAAGGGAAGAGGCAGACGGAAGGGAAGAGGCAGACGGAAGGGAAGAGGCAGACGGAGAGGAAGCAGAAGAAGGGGGCGACCUUCUUCUCGCGGUUGAGGGGCAUCUGCUCAGUUCGACGGUUUUUCCAGCACAGCGAGAUGAUGCCGCAGGGGGGGAAUCGCUCCACAGAUACGAAGCAAAGCGUUGCAAAUGUUGAUAAGACCGCUAACCCUGACAGUGCGGCCCAUCCGCAAAGGAGACACAUCUCCGAGUUCCUCUCCACGAGCAUCGGGCGAUCGUACAGGACGCUGAAGAGUGUGAAGGAUUUCUUCAAGCGAAACAAAGCAAACGCAAAAAAAAAAAGAAAUACUCAUGCAGGAUAUCAAGUCAUUAGAAUAUAUGGCCAAAAAUUUGUACUUCCUCCUAGAUGA